AUGAGUAUUGAGAGGGCUGUUUUACAGGUAUUCUGUCUUUCCCCUUCCUGUGUCCUGGCAGUGCCUCAGCCAGCCUUGACCCGAGCUCCCGUCACUAGAGCCUCCAAACCCAGUGCCGCUCCUGUGACCGUGAAGACCAGGUCCUCGCACCGAGCGGCCACAGCUAAAGGGCAGGCGAAAGAGACAGAGCUGAAAAAGAAGCCAGUGAAAGAUCCACAAGUUACAGAAGAGAGUCGCACGGUUCCUGUGCCGGAGGUGGAAGAACAUGCCCCCGAGAUCUGCCUUCAGACUUCAGAGGAAAGAGAAACGCCAGCCAGCGCGCCAGCAGAGAAGAGCUCCAUGCCAGUGGAGAGCAAGCAGCCCCCCUCCUUUGCCCCUGACAACUACGUGUUCCAGCCGCCAGCGUGGAUCACUGCACACCGCCUGACUCCCAUGAGCCCAUGCAGCGCCAGUGCCUUCCUGAGGCCCACCUUCCACUGGAGCCCAGUGCAGAGGGGCAAGAGUGGCAGCUGCCAACCUACUGCAGUCACUGACUUGAGGAACGAAGUGCAUUUCCCCAAGCCUGACUGCAAGGCACCUGAGCCUUCCAACUCCAGAGCUCCCCCUGAGGAGACCCCUGACAGUGAGCGCCUUGAUGCUGCCCUGCGGUCUCCAGAUAACAGUCUGCAUUCUUCUAAGAGUGAGAAUCUCGCUCCCAGUCCCACAGCAGAGGCUGGGAAUACUAUUCCGGACACAUUUUCUCCCAGAAAAGAUGACCAGGAGAUGGUAGAUUGUCUCCUGAAAGUUGAUCAAGAUAUGCAGACUUCAAGUAAGGAGGAUCCGGCAUUUGGAAGUUCGCCCAGGAAAGAUGACCAGGAGAUGAUGUUUUCUCCCAUGAAGGAUGAACAAGGAGUUCUGGGCUCUCCAAGGAAAUUGGGAGUUGCUUCCCUGAAAGUUGACCAAGAGGUGGCAUGUUCUCCCAGGAAAGGUGAUCAAGACAUGGAGGUGUCUUCUCCGAGCAAAACUGACCACCAGAAGAUGCCUUCUCCAAGGAAAGAUGACCAAGAAAUGGCAGGUGACCAUUCAGUUGUGUGUUGUCCCCAUAAUAAAGAUGACCAUACAUUGGAAGAGACUUCCAGUAAGGUUGACCAAGCCCUAAGUUCUCCCAAUAAAGAUGACCGAACACAAGCCAUUUCUCCCAGUAGAGAGAGCCAGGCAGGGUCUGCUUCUUCCAGUCAACAGGAUCAGUCUGUUCCGGUCCCAGGAGGAGAGCGUGACGCCCUGAGCUCUGCUUCCAGGGGAAUGCAGGAACAGCCUGCUGAGCCACCACACGAUGUGCCCUAUUUCAGGGGUGCUAUGAAGGAGGAGGCGGAGAGAUUGACUCUCCUCUCUGAACAGUGGCAGCCCAGGACUGAGGAGGCAGAGAUUCCUGAGGAGAUUCGAGACCUGAUGAGGACCACAGUGGGACAGGCGCGGCUGCUGAUGGCUGAACGGUUCAAGCAGUUUGCUGGGCUGGUUGACGACUGCGAGUUCAAGAGGGGAGAGAAGGAGACGACGUGCACCGAUCUGGAGGGAUUCUGGGAUAUGAUCUACUUCCAAGUGGAAGAUGUCAAUAAGAAGUUUACCAACCUGACUGAACUGCAGGAGAGCGGGUGGCAGCAGAUCAGCCACUUCCAGCCCAGAGCCAAGAAGGCUGUCAAGAAGAAGGCAGCGCCCCCCUCGAGAGCUGGGAAGGCAGAGGGCUCGAGUGUCACGGCUGCAAGGAGCAGACUGGCCGCAGUGAAGGCAGCGAUGAAGGCUCGGAAACAAGAGGCGGAGCUCCAGAGAAAGGUGGAAGAGGAGGACCCCAAGCAGACCGUGCCCGUCGUUGUGUUUGAUGCCGGAUUCUUUAAAGUGGAGAGUCCUGCCAAACUGCAGCCAGGGAAGAGAAUCUCAAGAUGCUGUACCACUCCUCUGCGCGCUGUUUCCGUUGAGGGGCCCAACUCCUCCUCCAGGACCACUGGCUCUCCCUUACACAGCGUGUUCCAGACCCCCAAGAGACCCUGCUCUCCCCCAGCCCUUAGCCCCCCGUGCUCUCCUGACCACACACAAGAGAUGAACCACAGUGCUCACCCCAGAGUUGCUGCACAAGAAGUGUUAUCCACGUCACCCAAUACAGAAACUGAGUUCCAGGUGCUUGACUUUGAGAAGUACCUGCAGCCCAUGGCGAGGUUAUCGGAAUCCCCUGCUACCUGCCUUGCCCCCUGGGACAGUGUGGCCUGCCUGGGGGACGCCAUGGAGAUGUCCUCUCCAGGACUUCAACUGCAGGACGUGGAGAUGGACAGCCCUGUGCCCCCCACACAGCUAGAGGAGACGGGACACACCCACACAGUUCAUACACCCUGCAAUGAUGUCAUUAAGAACAUGAUGGACACUGUUGCCCCCAUUUCUUCUCCCCAAGUUGCUGCGUUUCUACCCUUCACACCUAUGAUCACAAACCCCGUCCGCCAGUCACUCGCACUGCAGGACCUUAUGAUGUUUACCCCUCCCAGCAGCUAGGUGGAGAGACUCGAGGGGCGUGUAAGAUAUGUUGUAAACCAGUUUAAAAAAAAAAAAAAAAAGUAAAGCUAUUUUGUAUUGAGUAUUAAAUCAAAAGAAAAAUCUGUUUUUUAAAUAAAGGUUUCUUAUUUUAUUGUCACAUGCCAAUUUCUGAUGAAAGUAAUUGAGUAAUAAAAUGGCAUUUUAUA